AUGGUUGUGUACGACACGAAAGAGGAAGCGGCCGAAUCCCUGUGCCCGGACGCAGACGCCGCAGGGUAUGUUCGUCUCAUCCGUGCCCUCAACCACGAGGGGUUGCAGGCUACCUGUCUUCCCGAGAAGGAGUUGUUGGUUGUGUACGACACGAAAGAGGAAGCGGCCGAAUCCCUGUGCCCAGACGCAGACGCCGCAGGGUAUGUUCGUCUCAUCCGUGCCCUCAACCACGAGGGGUUGCAGGCUACCUGUCUUCCCGAGAAGGAGUUGUUGGGUUCGCAGACUAGUGCUCUCUACCUGUGGGUCGACCCCACGUGUCCGGUGUACUACGCGAAAUGCGCGCCG